AUGGACGUAGCCGGAGCCCUACUACCAUUCACCCAAGUCGUCCGACCAGAACUAACUAUACACGUUCAAGAAGUUCUCACCCAAGCUGAGCGUGAAACAGAAACGAAGCUCAAGAUCCCAGAAAUAAAUGAACCAGAUAAAAAUGACGACGGAGUGAGAAUUUCCAAAAGUGAGGUGGACUUGAGAUUUGUUCUAAGAUCUAAAAUUAAAAAUAAAUUAGUGGAAAUUCUGACAAUUGGACGAAAUUUGCCAGAUUAUUAUGGAACUCCUCGACCUUGCCAUAUAGCUAUGGAGAAAUUGCUU